GAGAAAGAAACAGAACAAGCCGUCGGAGGAAAGCAAAGAAGAAGAAGAAGCUAUAAAAGAAUCGAGUUGUCUACAAGGAGACACUAACUACAAGACAUCAUGAAGGCUCUAACUCUUCUCUCCAUCUGUACUCUUCUCUCAGUGUGCUGGUCCAUGGGAGCGGUGGAACCGGAGGUUGUCGUGGACCCCGACGCUGACACAGCUGCUGAUGUUGCACCUGCUGACCCUGCCGCUUCUGAUUCCUCCUCCGCUUCCGACUCCUCUUCCUCCUCUGAGUCCGAUUCCGCCUCAUCUGACUCUUCCUCAGACUCUUCAGCAUCCGAUUCAUCAUCCUCAGAGUCCUCUGAAUCCUCUGAGUCCUCUGAGUCCUCACAGUCUUCAGAGUCCUCUGAAUCCUCCGAGUCCUCCGAGUCUGACUCCUCUGCAUCAGACUCUGGCUCUGACUCUUCUUCAUCAUCAUCAUCAUCAUCUUCCUCAGAGUCAGCCAGUUCUGAGGCUAAUCCAGUGGUGAUGAAGAGAGAUCUGGCUGCUGUUCUUCUGAGAAGGAGAAGAGCUGCUCCAGCUGGUAACCUCUCCCCUCUGCAGCUGGAAAGCCUCAGAGAGGUGUGUGAGGUGAACGUUGCCUGCGACGAGAUGGCCGACACUUCCGGCAUCGUGGCCGCGUACACCGCCUACUACGGGCCCGUCCCCUUCUAAGUUAAAAGAGAUCUCUGUCAUUCAUAUGUGUACUGUUUUUCUGUCAUUUUCUUAUACAACAGUGCAACAACUCCCCUAAAUCAGAAGCAGAACACAAAAACCAUGGUUCAGAACCAUGCUAUGAUGCUACACAGAGAAUUUCUUUAGGCACAAAUUAUUGCACAAGUGGCCAGCUAUAGUGGUCCCGAAAGAAACUGCCUCUUCCAGGCUUUCAGAGAGAGGCACAUGGAAACACAAGCCUGUGAAGUAUGUUAUAGUAGCCCACACAAGUUUUAAAUUAUUCUUUUCAUCUGUAGUGUAAUGCAGUGAAUGGUGCUACAAGUGCAAAUGUAUGGUUUCUUUUUUAUUUUUUUUAUUUUGAUGUACUGAUGUUUUGAUAUUAUGGAUAGUCUUACUUUAAGUGGUAGUUCUAGUGAGUAGUGGAUGUAGUAAUGAGGUCGUAGAGGUAGUGUAGUGUUAGCAUUGCGUUGAUAGUGGUAGUGUACACUAUGUGUAAAAUGCACAUCAGUUAUCUGUUAUGACUGUAACCACAUAUUGCCUCUGGGUUUAAAAAUAAUAAAUUAUUUUGUUUUGUCAAAUUGUUGCAUUGUCCUCAUGAAUUUUUAAUUUUAGUUCCUGAUCUAAGAAAAGAGAAUGUUUUUGGGGGGAUACUCAAGGUUUGGCACUAAAGGGCACUGAACACAUGCUCCACACUGAUAUUUGUCAGAUUGUUUAAUAUCUGCCUGAGAACCAGCCUUGUAUUUAUGUCCUCUAUAUUGGACAUUUAUUUUUGUUCUAUAUCAUUAUUUGAGCUACCCUACUAAGUCCUGAUGUGCUCAAUACAGGACAUCCUGGCCUUUCCAAUGAUAUCUCAUGUGUUUGGGUGCACCUCUUUCAGCUCCAAAGAGCCUGAAAUUACAAAAAAAGUUCAAUUGAAAGACUUUUUCCUCGGUUCUCAGGAGGACAUGCUAACUUGUAAGCUAACAGUAGUGGCUCUAGUCAGAUAAAGCACUGUGAGAUCCCAGCUGGAGGUUGAAGAUGAGGAGCCAGAGCCGUCAGUUGUCAGAGGUAGUUAGGAAACCUUAUGAGACGGAGACAUGUCACUAACAAUCCCACACAGAAAUAUGUUUGUACUGAUUGAUAUUUGUUAAUCUAUAUAAUAAAAGGAGUUUCUUUAAAAAACAA